CGCAGCGGGCAGGAACGCGGUCCGGCUGAGCCGAGGACCCAGCGGCGACCUUGCGCUCCCUUUAUGCUUCGGUGCGCGGAGGCUGCCGCCGCCCGGGUAUUCGCAGGUCCUAGGUCACCUCAAGGCAGAGCAGGCUAGCAGGAGCCAGGAGCAGGGACUGGUCUAGGCUGCUGAGCAGGGUACGCAUGUUAGGAAGUACCAGGUGAAAAGAUGGCAGUCGUGAAGAGUGGAUGGUUGCUGCGACAGAUUUUGGGACUGGAAAGUUGGCAGUGUUCUCAGUAUCUGCAGUGCAUGCUGUGUGCAGCUCUGGUACAGUGUGGGUGUUGUUGCCAUUGGGUCUGCUUUCACUUCCGUUUUGAUGGCGUGCUCUGGGCAGUUGUAUCCAGGUACUAUUUUGAAGCGCUGGAAGAAGAAUUGGUUUGACCUGUGGUCAGAUGGUCACUUGAUCUAUUAUGAUGACCAAACUCGGCAGAGUGUCGAGGAUAAGGUCCACAUGCCAGUUGACUGCAUCAACAUCCGUACAGGGCACGAAUGUCGGGAUAUUCAGCCUCCAGAUGGGAAGCCAAAAGACUGUGUGCUUCAGAUUGUUUGCCGAGAUGGGAAAAUUCUCAGUCUUUGUGCAGAAAGCAUGGAUGAUUGUUUGGCCUGGAAAUUUACACUCCAAGAUUCCAGGACAAACACAGCUUAUGUUGGCUCAGAAGUCAUGUAUGAUGACACAGCUGUGGCUUCUUCCCCACCUCCUUACACUGCCUACGCUGCACCGAACCCUGAGCAGGCAUAUGGCUAUGGUCCAUACAAUGGUGCAUACCCACCAGGAACUCAAGUUGUCUAUGCUGCGAAUGGGCAGGCUUAUGCUGUACCCUACCGGUACCCAUAUGUAGGACUUUAUGGACAGCAGCCUGCCAACCAAGUCAUCAUUCGUGAGCGGUAUCAAGAUAACGACAGUGAUCUGGCCCUGGGCAUGCUGGCAGGAGCAGCCACAGGCAUGGCCUUGGGGUCUCUGUUCUGGGUCUUCUAGAGUCCUUGAAAUCUGGAGGCACAUGGCUUCUGAUACCCCUGAGCAGUAAUAUUAUUUGCUGGGCAUUUUAGUUUGUGAUAAAUGUUUUCAAUAGUUCUUUUGAAAGUAGUAACAUGGUAGUUAUAACUAAUCCAUAUAAGUACCACAGAGAAGGCUUUGGACUGCUUUUUUAGCCAAAACAUGGACUCUAGGGCACGAUCUCAUUUCAAUAGUUUCCUUAUGGAACUCUUGAAAUACUUUAUUUGAACAUACCUGUUUUGAAAGACAUUUUCUUUUUAGACUUAAGUGUAGUGCUUAAGGGAUAAUUUAUUUAGUGUUAGGCUUGUAAUAUGGUGAUGUAUGAGUGAGUGAGUGCAUGAUUGUGGCAAGAAAAACAGCAGCUUCUUUUGGUUUAACAUCAGACUUUCAAACCUCAGACCAGAACUAGCUGCAUGUUACUUCAGUUUUGGGCUGAUAAGCCAGCAGGGGACUUCUUCCCAUGAUAGUUCCAGGGCCUCGGGGGCUUUGCAGGACUCCAGCAAGUCUGACAGCUCAGGAUGAUGGGUGAGGGUGGGCCAAUCUUCCUUUUAAAAUGAUGCUUCUUCUUUGGUCUUACUUAUUUGGUUUUGGUAGCAAUCCUUGGGAAAAACACCAAAUUUGGAAUUGACUUGAACCUCAAAGUUUUAGGGCUUUAUCUUUUAAAACUUGAAGAAAGCAAAACACAAACAAGUAUGUGGAGGUAGAUUUGUUUUAUUCAGAGUCAUUGUGCUUUUAGUGUCAGCUUGGAGUAUUUUUAUUGCCGCCUCAGCCUACUUAUAGCUUAUUUUUCUGCUUCUGAAGAAAGUCAUAUUGAAGGAAUGGUAAGGAAAAUAGAAUGGGAGUCAUAGUUCGUGUUACUGCUGAGGCCUGGCAGGGACUGCAUGCACAGAGGACUCUUUUUCCAUCCCCUUGAAGCCUGUUAAAGAGCAGGUGCCCUGUCCUGCACAGCAUUGGGACACUGUGGCUACCUUUCAAGUACUGGGGUGUGUGAUGCCUCGGUGAUAGCAUGGUGGGGGCUCCUUGGACCAUAACUGUCGGGGAGAUUCUGAGGGUAGGUGGGGAAUGAGGCCUAAAGACAUGCAUCACCUGCUCAAGAUACCACCCAACUUGACCAGGGCACCAGCCUGAUUUUCAUUCCUAACUCAAAUGCCCUAGAGAAGCUUAAACCAUUUAAUUUUGAGCCCCAAUUAUGUGUGAGCUCUGGAAAACCCACAGUCCCGCAUUUUUGUUAUUUCUUAUUUCUUUAACUAUGUGCAUUUUUAAAGCUCCUAGUUAUUCAAGCUUUCUGUCCCGCAUACUUUAAAAAGGUACUUUCACAAAUGCAGUGUAGCAAGAUGAAGGUCCCUCCUCCUACACUCCAGGUAGCCCUAUUUUCCAUAAAAUACACUCCUAGUAGCCCAAAUUCUGUUUUUAUUUUGUAUGGCUGGCUGUAUACAUACUCUCUUGUUUUACUAGUCAACUGACUCCAUCCCUGAGGCUUACUUAAACACAUCUUCAUGUGAAAACAGAUGUCAAACAGAGUUUGUGGUGACAAUUGAUCUGUUUUCCUAGCCAAUUCUAGUGGAUUUUUUGAUACUGGAGAGAAUCUGUUUCCAGUUGAAAGGAAAUGUACUUGACUUCUCGUUUUUGGGUGUUUGAAAUGGCAGAAAAUUGCCAAAUGUGAUGCAUGACAACACUAGUUUUGAUGGUUAAAAAUAUUGCUUUUGUGACUUUACAUCCUGUGUAAUAAGAAGGGCUUUUUCAGAUGGUAAUCAUUUAUUAAAGUUGUAUGCUUUACUUAUAGAAAUUAAGCACAGUUUUUAAUGUUGCAUUGGGGUAUUUAUUUUGAGCUUGAAAUUACUAGAAUCACAGAGUAUUGAGUUAUGGCAGUGAAAUGCCCUGGAUGCAAACAGUCUCUCUGUGUUCCUUUGACUGCGCUCUGACUGAAGGGGCACAUGUGGACUAAAGCUUGGGCACAUGUGUAUGCCCCCAUACCCCUGUCUGCAGUGGGGUCAAGCCCCAUGGGCAGCCAUAGUUGAGCCUCAAAAAUCACUGUCACUGCGGACUUGAUCCUAAUAUGAAAUGCAUCCUGGGUAUAAAGAUGGGCUGAGACGUUUCAUUACCCUGGUCCCAUCUCCCAUAGAUGCCAACUGUUUGAUCGCGUCACUUAGCUCAUCCUAAAUCAAGAAGUUAUAUGAGUUGGAAGCAACUUGUUCAGGUAUGAGUAUUUUGCUUCCAUUUGUACUUUAAAAUAAUGUACCUGGAAGAAGUUGGUCCAUGGCAUUGUGCACAUUCCAAUCUAAUUGUUUCUUAGCUCUUCUUUUAAUUCAUUGAGUUAACUUUAGGGACUAUAUAGUAAGGAGAAGGGAGACACACCAGUCGCUGUGUUUCAGAUCAUCAUUCAUGAAACAGGCCAGACCAGUACUCAAGAUCUGGAUCAUAUGGAGAAGUUCCUGCAAUUGAGACAGAAUGACCCAAGAUUAUUUUUUACAUCAAUUGUGAUCGUGUGUAAUCUUUUGUUCUCCUUCCCAAGUUUAUGUAGACACAGGCAUGGA